UUGCAUUGCGUUGAGGAAAACCAUCAGGAAGUGCUUUUUCUCGAGGAAGAACAUCUUCCCCUUGUAUCGGCGGUUCUCUGUCGAACUAUGCAUCGACUAAUUUGUUUUCAAUAGACAAACUCGUAACAUGAUAUAAGCUGAUUUUUUUAUGUUGAAAGUUCACGGUGAGGCUGGUUUGACCGCGAGCUUGCUGCCGCCGGCUAUGCUAAUGCUAAUAUCAGGAAGCCUCAGCCAGCUAAUAAUACAGCGAAUUAAACAACUGAAAGAGUCACUGAGCAAAAAAGGGAAUCAGCAAAAUGAGCCUACGUACGACUGAUGGAGCAGUAUAACGGUUGUUCUGUGUUGCAAUGAGGCACUCCAGAGUCCAGCUCUGACCGCUGCGGGCCAUGAAUUCUGUUUCCCCCAACGCGGUGCAGUACACGGGCGGGGUGAUGCACAGCGAGCUGGUGGAUGGCCGGAGGCCACAAGCCCCGGCGCAGAAAGGCAGCUUCGGACUCAGACCACCCCAGAGUCCAGAUCCCAGCAAAGAAGCAGGUGGAGAGCCUGAGGAGAUGGAUAAACUCAAAGCCAAAUUAAUGUCAGCGUGGAACAACGUCAAAUAUGGCUGGACUGUGAAAUCAAAGACCUCUUUCAAUAAGAUCUCACCAGUCACUGUCCUGGGACACUCCUAUUUGCUCAACAGCGAAGACCAAGUGGAGCGCUUCCGUCUGGCUUUUGUGUCCAGGCUGUGGCUGACCUACAGAAGGGAGUUCCCCCAGUUGGAGGGCUCCAGCUGGACCACUGACUGUGGCUGGGGCUGCAUGCUGCGCAGUGGUCAGAUGCUGCUCGCUCAGGGCCUGCUGGUCCAUCUGAUGCCUCGAGAUUGGACUUGGCCAGAUGCUCAGCAGUUAACAGACGUGGACUUUGAAGCGUUGCGAAUACGCUCACCGGUGCGUGUCGGUGGGGUGCCCAUCCCCUCUUUCGGCUCUCCACGAGGGUCCGGCACCCCUGAGAAGACGCCGCCAAGCGAUUUGACGCCGAAUCGUAGCGAGAAGAAAAGGUUUGAAUGUCCUCAGAAUCGACAAGCCGAGCCCGUCCACCAAAAAUUGCUCACCUGGUUCGGAGAUCAACCGCCAACACCUUUUGGGGUGCACCAGCUAGUGGCAAUAGGGAAGAGUUCUGGAAAGAAGGCCGGGGACUGGUACGGCCCGUCCAUCGUGGCACACAUACUGCGGAAAGCCGUAGCUCAUACUAGUGUUCUUCCCAACCUGGCCGUGUAUGUCGCUCAGGAUUGUACAGUGUACAAGGAGGACGUAGCACGUCUGUGUGACCCGCCACUCAGCCAAACCCCCCCAGAAUCAGACAGCCACGCCUGGAAGUCAGUCAUCAUUCUGGUGCCUGUCCGCCUGGGCGGGGAGGCCCUCAACCCAUCUUACAUUGAAUGUGUCAAGAACAUCCUUAAGCUGGAAUGUUGUAUUGGAAUCAUCGGAGGCAAACCAAAGCACUCGCUCUACUUUGUUGGCUUCCAAGAUGAGCAGCUGCUAUAUUUGGACCCUCACUACUGCCAACCUGUUGUGGACGUCACUCAAGUCAACUUUCCACUCGAGUCCUUCCACUGUAGUUCUCCCAAAAAGAUGCCCUUCACUCGAAUGGAUCCCAGCUGCACCAUCGGCUUUUACGCCAGGAACAAGAAAGACUUUGAGUCUUUGUGUUCUGCUGUCACUUUGGCCCUGUCGUCAUCCACGGAGAAGUACCCGAUAUUCACCUUCGUGGAGGGCCAGAGUCACGAUUAUGGACUGGAGGCGCACAGCAGUAACCACACGAGCCCGGCGCCACAUAUCCUGCCCCCUGGCAAUCCCACCCGGGUUAAUCACAGACAAAACAGUGACGAGUUUGUCUUCCUGUGAGACCAGGAGGCAGUCGGUCUAUUUGACUGGUGCAGCCUGACCUAGACCAUAGAAACAGAAACUACUUCCCGGCAUGAGUUUUAUAAGCUAACAUGGAUCCAUUUGUCCUUCAUGACAGGCACUCUGGAUGAGAAGUCACAGAUAAAAGUAACCUGACAGGCCCCCCAAGUCUAAAUGUCACAUUUCCUUGGUCAGGGAGAGGCUGUGCUGUUUUCCCUUGGUGCGUUUGUGUGUGUUUCCUUUCUAUUUGUAAUUCUUUGAAUAUUUAUCAGGCGUACGAGUGUGUGAGUGUGCAUGAUUAGUUUGAGCAUAAAAGAACGUAUCACCAUGUCACACUGAAGGUAAGACGUCUUGAACUGCUGUACGUACAUUCAUGUCGCGAAUCACAAUAGCGCAUUCAUGAUCGCAUUCUUCAUCUGCCGCUCUUUAUUUCACGCAAGGGUUUUCCGUGAUGGCAUUGCUGAUGAUAGAACGCCCGAUUCCAUUUCACAUUCUGGGUUUCCUUCCUCAGCAGUUGUACUAGUGUCACUUUUUAUGGGGACUGAUCAUGAUCAUCUCACCUCAUCUUUGCUCGUAUGUAAAGUUUAUUUCUACUGAAGGGUUGCACUGCUACUGAUAGUUGUUGUCCUCAUUAAACAAAACACUGAAAUCAC